GCCAGGGAAGGGAAAACUUCCUUUGAGCUUUGAAAUAACAACGACUUUAGGAUUGAAGUCGUGGGCUGGGGGUGGACGCCACGCCUCAUUCUGAUGGGUCCAAGAGCCGAAAUUUCGGCUUCUGGCACUCUCCUUACCCAGCUCUCUAAGCUCUUCGGUCAUUCUUCUUUCCAGUCCAUUGCCCGGAGCCCUUGCUAGCGAUUGGCUAAGAAUAGGCUCGCCUCUUGCUCGGGAUUCGCUGUGAGCUCCAGGAAGCCCGCCUCCGCUCUCCCAUGAUUCGCUACUUCAGUGUUCAUCCGCCCCUCCAUCGACCAGAUUGGGUGCUUGGUCGUCCCCGUCGUUAGCGCGUACCCAAGUACUGCUUGCUGCGGCAGAGACGCCAGAGGUGCAGCUCCAGCAGCAAUGGCAGUAACGGCGUUGGCGGCGAGGACGUGGCUUGGCGUUUGGGGCGUGAGGACCAUGCAAGCCCGAAGCUUCGGCUCGGAUCAGUCCGAGAAUCUCGAUCGGGGCGCGGGCUCCAUCCGGGAAGCUGGUGGGGCCUUUGGAAAGAGAGAGCAGGCUGAAGAGGAACGAUAUUUCCGAGCACAGACUAGAGAACAACUGGCAGCUUUGAAAAAACACCAUGAAGAAGAGAUCGUUCAUCAUAAGAAGGAGAUUGAGCGUCUGCAGAAAGAAAUUGAGCGGCAUAAGCAGAAGAUCAAAAUACUAAAACAUGAUGAUUAAGUGCACACAGUUCCCUAUAGAAUGGCACAUGUCAUUGCCCACUUCUGUGUAGACAUAGUUCUGGUUUAAUUAAUAUUUGUCUGUGUGCUACUAACAGAUUAUAAUAAAUUGUCAUCAGUGAACUGUG